AUGAGAAAACUGCUGUCGCUUGAAGACGAAUUAAAGUCCGCCGCUCGAGAGGUGUUCCUAGCAGAGCAGAAGUCAGAAGAAAAAGAAGACUCGAUUAGCACCGAUGAGGUUCCGCAUGAGGAAAGCGAUGAGACAGACGUCGAGGACGACUCGUGGACGGAGAGUCGUACUAAACGGGAGAAGAAGAAAAACACGAAACGCAAGAAAACCCCCGUUUCAUCAAAAUCGUCGAAGAAGAAAAAACAGAGGAUGUCGCUCGCCCAGAAGGUACUGUUAGUAGCAGUUGAAGGCCAAAUUGGGGCGGGAAAAACAACCUUGCUGUCGAGUCUUGAUCAGCUCUACAAACAACAUCCGAAUCCUCUAUUUUCGUUUUCUUAUAUCCAAGAAGGACUAGACAAAUUUACGACCUUUGGUCAACACAAUCCGCUCGCGCUGGCCUAUGCUAAUCCAAAAGAGAACGUUGCCCUAGCCCAGAAUCUCAAUAUUAAGAAACUGAAAGAGCUUCUGACCAAAGAACCAGUCAAACAUAAAUUGAAUGAGGAAAAUAAGGAAGGAUUAAAAAUUAAUCUAGUCCUCACCAUUCUUAUGAAGAGGAAGAAUGAAUUAAAAGAAUUUCAACUGCGUUCUAGGCACACACUUUAUGUGAGUCAAGAACUAGAUUAUUCCAAGAUGAUUGAAGACUUUCUCAAUGAAUUGGAAAACCUAGUGAACAAAGGUUCAGGUUGGAAAUUUCUAGAAGUCAUCAAGAUGGAACUACAUACCAUCAAUUACACACAUCUGUCAGGAUCAAGCUAUAUUCCAUUACCAUCACAUAUUCAAAAGAAACGAGCAGUCAUCAAUGUCCAAAAUGAUGAUCAAAAAUGCUUCAGAUAUUCAGUAGAAGCAGCAUUAUUAAACUUAGAGAAAAACACAAAACGUGUUUCAAAUUACAAUAAACCUGACUUUGACCACAUGUUCAAAGACCUAGACUAUCCUGUCAAAAUCAAGGAUAUGGAUACAUUUGAAAAGAAUAACCCUGAUUUAGCAGUCAAUGUCUUUACAUUUAUUUCAAAGCAGAAAGAGAAGGGUCUUAUCUACCCCAUUUCACCAGUCAGACUCUCUGAGAGAAAUAUAGAAAAUCCAAUCAAUCUUCUGUACUAUAAAGAUGAGAACGAUAUUCCAGAUAAUGAAAAAAUAGAAGAUGUGAAAGAUAAUGCUAACUACCACUAUGCGUGGAUUAGAAAUUUUUCAAGACUUAUAUCUGCCUCACAUUCUAAGCAUGAUGGACAGGUGAAAAUAUGCUUCAGAUGCAUGAAAGUGAUAUCAGCAUCAAAUAGUAACCUUCUCAAUGAAAGAUACAAUCAACACAGUGAGAAUUGUAAAACGUUUGAAUGUGUCAGAGUGAGUAUGCCUAAGGAGCAUGAAAAGAUCAUGGAAUUUAAACAGAAAAAAUUUGAGCAAAAGUAUCCUGUGAUGAUCGUCGCAGACUUUGAAUCAUCGCUAAAAACAAUCAAUCAACAUCUCGGUGAAAAAACUGUUCAAAUUCAAGAACAUAUUCCUAAUUCAUUCAGUUUCUACAUAUGUUAUGACACACAUCAAAUUCAGGAUGACAAUCUAUUCGUGACACAUAGUGUCCACCAUUCUGAUGAAGAUAUCGGAGAAAGAUUCUGUGAAGAGAUUGAAAAAGCUGUGUAUGACAUUUAUGACAAGCAUUUCACCAACCCUAAAGCUAUGUUAGCUUUAACCAAAGAAGAAAAGGUGAAGCACAAGACAGCUAAAACAUGUUAUGUCUGUCACAAGGUGUUCACAGAAAAAAAUCAUAAAGUUCGUGAUCACAAUCAUUUCACAGGCAAAUACAGAGGGCCAGCUUGUAAUAAGUGUAACCUUCAAUUACAAGCUCCAAACUUCAUACCAGUAUACUUUCAUAAUCUUUCAGGUUAUGAUGCACAUUUAUUCGUGAAAAAUCUGAAAGGACGAUUGACUGUCAUUGCGAAAAAUUCUGAAAAUUAUAUAUCAUUUUCCAAGGAAUUACACAUCGAUGAGCAUAAAACACUGUCCAUCCGAUUUCUUGAUUCUUACAGGCUUAUGCAGUCUUCGCUAGCAAACCUAGCUAAGAAUCUUCCUAAUGCUGAAAAGAAACAUCUUUCACACUAUUUCAAAGAAGAACAAUUCAAUCUCGUCACGCAAAAAGGCAUCUAUCCUUAUGAAUGGGUAGAUUCAUACCAUAAAUUUGAAGAAACAGCAUUACCUCCUAUCCAAGCCUUUAGCUCAGCCCUCAACGCGACACACAUUUCGCAAGAAGACUAUAAUCAUGCUCAACAUGUGUGGAAAACAUUUGAUUGUAAAACCUUUAGAGAUUAUCACAAUUUAUACCUCAAAACAGAUGUUCUACUUUUAGCAGACAUUUUAGAAAAUUUCAGACAGACAUGCAUGACCAUCUAUAAUAUAGACCCAGUGUGGACUUACUCAGCCUCAGGUCUAUCUUGGCAAGCGAUGCUGAAAAAAACAGAUGUUAAUAUUGAAUUGUUAACAGAUGCUGACAUGCACCUUUUCUUUGAAUCUGGCAUUAGAGGAGGCAUCUGUCAAGCAAGUCACAGAUAUGCAAAAGCGAAUAAUCCUGAUGUGACAGAUUUUGAUCAAGAAAAGCCUAUCAGUUAUAUCGCUGAUCUUGAUGCGAAUAAUUUAUAUGGCAUAGCCAUGAGUGAAAAAUUACCACAAAUCUAUCAUAAUGAAACACCUGAUCUUGACAAGGAUAUGAAAGAAGAUGCACAUUUAUACGACUUUUCCAAUUAUCCAAAGGAUCAUCCCAUGUUUGAUGAAACGAAUAAAAAAGUCCUUGGAAAAAUGAAGGAUGAAGAAGCUGGUCACAGAAUCACUGAGUUCAUCGCUUUGAGGUCUAAGUUGUAUGCCUAUACAACUGACAAAGAUGAAGAAGUGAAAAAAUGUAAAGGUGUGAAGAAGAGUGUCGUGAAAAAUGAGAUUUCCUUUGAAGACUAUAAGACACAAGUGCUAGCUACAAUUGAUGAAGAAGCUGAUUCUUCUGAGGUUGAGAAAGCAGAUAAAGAAGCUAAAAUUGAGUCAACACUUAAACAUAAAGAAGGACUUGAUAAAGAAAACAGUAUUGACUCACGGUUGAGAAAGAAGUAA